AUGUUGUCUUCAUCAGCAGGCACAAACAUCCAACAAUCCAAAGAUGUUGAAAUGAGUGAACGAAGAUUCAACGGAGAAGAACAAUUCAAACAAUUACUCUCCAUAGGAAUUUUCAACAACAGAACCUUACUCAAAUUGAUGGUUCAUGCUUACUUUCACCAAUUGACUCAAGGCUGUGGAUUGGAAAAUUGUAAAAACCCACAGUGUAAACGAAAUACUUCAGUGAAUGAAACAGAAGCAGCCAAACUUGCCAUAGACUUUGCAAAGAAAGCCUUUGAUAAGGCAAAUCCACAAUUCUUUUUAUGUGAUAUUGUCAACCCCAUUCUACCUAAUUUCUCACCUACUCUAGAUUUAUGUGUACAGGAGGAAUGCUUACAAAGAAUUCUUGAAGACAAUGCCAAGAGUGGUGACUAUUCAGUGUUCAUGGAUAUCAUAAAGAGAGUAUUCAGCAGUGACAGUUCUUUAUCUUAUAGUUUUCAAACCCGAGAUGCUCUCUACAAGAAAUCCACUAAAGAAAAAAAUCAAAUUGACAACAGUUCAGUAGAGAGAGUGUACAAAGUCAUUCUAGGCACUAAGAACGAAUCUGUUAUUCAUAGUCUCGCUCAUGCCAUCGAAGAACUUGGAAAGAGAUUCAACACACAUGUCGAUCGAGUUCAAAACGUGAAAUUCAUAGUGAUUCUUUUGCAAUGUCCAUUGUUAAUGGAACCAUCCUCACACAAAUCUCUUCUACUUUUAAUGCAAGGUAUUUUAAAACUGUCUCCAACUGUUCUCAAACAAUUGAAAGAAGUGUUAUCAUACACUCCAAGCGAAUACCUCUCCUCAUUUGUUAGUAUUUUCCAACAAUUUAUCACAGUUCAAUUAUAUUCAAGGGGAUACAUUGAUGAGGGCAUUGCCUAUGCGACAAGAUUAUUGGGAAUUAUCAACUCUGCCAACGAAAAGAAAUCAUUCCACGAGAAGGUCGAUUACAGAGAAUUUUAUAAUGAUGCCGUCAACAACAUUGUAGACAUUAAGGAGGAUUAUAUUCGUUGGACGAAAGCUCAAAGCACUCCCAACCAUGGCUUUGAAUAUUUCAAUUUUUGUGAAUUUCCAUACAUUUUGGAUCCAAACUUUAAGAGCAAAAUCUUACAAUUGGAUGCCGAAAUUCAACAAAACAAAGAAUUGCGAAAUGCCUUCAUCUCAUCUCUGUUCAGACAACCAACUUCUCUCUUCUGUGUCUUGAAAGUAGAUCGACACAAUUUACUUCAAACAGCUCUCAAUGAAAUUAUGAACCGAGCCGAUGAUUUAAAAAAACAACUGCGUGUGAAAUUUAUUGGUGAAGAAGGUAUUGAUGAAGGUGGUGUACGGAAGGAAUUUUUCCAAUUGAUUGUGAAACAAAUUUUUGAUGUUAAUUAUGGCAUGUUUGAAUAUGAUGAAAAAACCAGAACAUUUUGGUUCAAUUCACAUUCAUUUGAAUCAGGAGAUGACUUCAAAUUGAUUGGUAUUGUGAUUGGAUUGGCCAUUUACAACAGUAUUAUUUUGGAUAUUCAUUUCCCACUCAUUGUUUACAAAAAGAUGUUAGGUUUGAAACCAAAUCUCGAGGAUUUGAAAGAAGCAUUCCCUGAAUUAGGUAAAGGGCUUCAACAAUUGUUGGAUUUUGAAGGUGAUGUGGAAGAUGUAUUUUGUCGAACUUUUCAAGUCGAGACUGAAUUUUUUGGACAUGUAGAGACUCACGAUUUGAAACCCAAUGGUGGAAAUAUUCCAGUGACGAAUGAAAAUCGAGAGGAAUAUGUGAAAUUAUUGGUCGAGUGGAAACUUGAAAAAUCCAUUGAGAGACAAUUUAGAGCAUUCAUUGAAGGAUUUAAAAUGGUGUGCAGUGAUCCUACCAUUCUCGAUUUAUUCAGAGCAGAAGAACUUGAAUUACUCAUUUGUGGAAGUCCUGUCUUGGAUUUUGAAGCUCUCGAGCGUACGACCAAGUAUGCAGAUGGUUAUGAUCGAGAUGAUCCUCUCAUUAGAGACUUUUGGGAUAUUGUUCAUCAUUUCAGUGAAGAAGACAAGAAGAAAUUCUUAAUGUUCUGUACAGGAAGUGAUCGUGUACCCAUCAAGGGAUUGGGUGAGUUGGGUUUUGUGAUUGUUCGAAAUGGUGAUGAUGACAAACGUUUGCCAACCGCUCACACAUGUUUCAAUCACUUGCUCUUACCCAGGUAUUCAACUAAGGAGGCCAUGCGAGAGCGCUUACUAACAGCCAUCAAUAAUUGUAUGGGUUUUGGCUUGCAAUAA